CUCAGUAUCGCCGCCCUGGUGGCUAUCGCCACUACACAAGCUGUUGACGACUUACCCGAGUGUUCCAUCAUUUGCUUGACCAGCAUUAUCCCCAAGACUGGUUGCAGUCCCACCGACACCAAAUGCGCAUGCGACAAGGCUGAUAAGAUAACCCCGCUACUCACACCCUGUUUAGAGUCCGUUUGCUCGGUCGACGAACAGGAAAGGGUAGCUGAAGUCCUAACGGCAUUAUGCGAACAGACUGGAGUC